AACCUUUGACGUCAUCCCGACGUUAAAAAUCAGUUUCCGGCGAGUGCAGCUCGCGGAGAGAAAGAGACGGAGGAGAGCGGCCGUGGGAGAGGUCGGACAGCGGGAGCAGUGCGGCUCUGCGAGUGGAGCAGCAGCAGCAGCAGGAGGAGGAGGCUAGCGGCCUCGCCACGCCGUAGCGGUCAUUUGACCGAACUUCGACGAAGCUGGUCAGGGCGCUUCGUCGGUGGCGAGGGCAUGUCCAGCAAGCGGCAUGGUUGAACCUCCGCGCCGUACGUAGACGUCCGUGGGACUCGCGGCGACUCGCCCUGCAACGCCUCUUUGCUGAUGGAGGUGGCCCUACGUCAAAGGCACUACGAUCCAGGCCCAGCUUCGAUUCGGCUCCCGAGGGCGCUGCCGCGACACUGAACCGGUCGAGCGAAGCCACCCUGCGGAGCCGCCUGCGAGCCACCAUGAGUCUCCAGUGGACGGCCGUGGCGUCGUUCCUCUACUUCGAGGUCUUCAUCCUCAUCAUCCUGUGCCUCCCGUUCAUCUCUCCCACGCGAUGGCAGAAGAUAUUCCGGUCGCGCAUGCUCACGAUCGUGGUGAACUACGCUAACUUCUACUUCAACGUCUUCAUCCUCGUCCUCGUGCUCCUGUUCAUCGACGGAUGGCGCGAGUCGCGCAAGUACUCGACCAGCGACAACGUGGACCUCAAGAACAACCCCAUGGCCAUCGACCACGUCAACAUGAAGCUCUUCCGCGCGCAACGCAACCUCUACAUCUCCGGCUUCGCGCUGCUGCUCUGGUUCGUCCUGCGCCGUCUCGUGAUCCUCAUCUCGCAGCAGGCCACGCUGGUGGCCACCAACGAGGCCUUCAAGAAGCAGGCGGAGGGUGCGAGCGACGCGGCCAGGAAGUACAUGGACGAGAACGAGAAGCUGAAACAGGCUCUCGAAGAGUCGGGCGCGGGAGACGGCGUGCUCAAACUGGCGGACGAGAAAGAAAAACUUUCCAGGGAGCUCAAAGAGGCCAAGGAGAAUUUGGACACAACGAAGAAAGCGCUGGUUCGCUCCGAGAACGAGUGCAGGGCGAUGAAGUCGCAGGCGGAGGGCGUGGCGACUGAGUACGAUCGUCUGCUGGAGGAGCACGCUCAGCUGCAGAAGCAGCUGGAAGGAUCUCCGAGCAAGAAGGACGAGUAGAAGCCACGUGGAGGCUGUGCAGGCCCCGUCGGCCGCCUGGUUGCGGUGUUUUGUCAUUGUGGCUAAUUGCCAGGGUCAGUGAAAAAUCAACAUUAGCUCAGUCAUGUUUUCAUUGUGCUUAAUUUGCUUUUUCAUGUGUUCUUAAUUUUCUCAUCGUUGCUAGUUUUCAGUGCGGGUGGUUGCGUGGAUAUCUGUCCACUGAUGUGUGUAACGAGUCGUUCACUGUUAUUUUUGGAGGCAAUGAAACCCCUUUUAUAUUUUGCAUGAAAACAAAACUCUCUUGCAAAGAUGUGUACGUGGGUAUAUGACCGCACCAUUGGGAAAAGCGCCGAGUGCCAUCGUGAACAUUAAACACCACGUGGCUUUCUCACAUGUGCGUCGUGGUCAUAUUCAGUAUAGGGGCGAGUUAUCACCGCCAAGUUGCAGAGAUCAUUUGAACUUUGCAUUUUGCAAAUGGGAUAUGAUCUCAAGCGACAAACGCCCGGUUAUAUGUGAAGAAAAUUGUAUAGAAUUGGUCCAUGUGUUUACACGCGCAGCCAGUGCAGCAGGCAAUAUUAUGAGCGCCGAUUCACGCAAUGUGUCGAAUCUCUUGUCGCGUUGGGGAGAUGCUUAAAUGACCCCGUUAGAUUGUACUCUGUUGUAUUUUCAUUGACCCUGACGGUUGUCAAGUACAAUGUCUCGGUGAAGCUCUACAAAGGCUUUUGACUCUCUACGGCUGAACGUUCUGAAGACCUGUGAUCUUGUUAGCUGUUGUAACCCACAGCAUGUCUCAAAACCCCGUGUGCUUGCAAAGGCUCGCUUGUGAUUGGCUGUGCCCCCUCCCCCCCCCCCCCUCGGAGGAGCGUCAUGCCGGUGUUACCACAACUCGCCGUCGCUGUUUACGGAUCCUUCCCAUUUAAAAAUAAAAACCCACCUAUUCCUGAUGACCGCUGCAAUAUUGUGCUGCCCACAGUUUGUGCCCUCGUACAUUUAGACGAGUCUUUGUCGUUAAACCAAAGCGGGGAGUGCCCUUGUACGGGUGCCGCUCUUUAAAAGCCACGCGAAUGCCAACUCGAUAGCAAAGUAGAGCAAUGCUUGCGUGCAGGGUUUUUCUUGUUGAUGGCUGAUUGCUACGGUAGUCAACGUUACGCAGUGGAAACCAGUCGUUGUGCCUAUUGCUGAUGGUAUAAACUGUAUCGCGCAA